CAACGUUGCCAUGUCACGAGAAAUAAAGUUGCCACUGCCAGAUAGUAAACAGCAGCCAGUCAGCCAUUAAUUUGACUAAAUUGAUCAACACUUUGUAGGCUAUUCUAAGAACUUUCAUUAACAUCAAGGCAUGCCACAACCAGCUGAGAAGACGUGGCAAGCAUGAAGAGGAACGGAGGACAUGCUAAAGGUACCGGUGGGAAGGAUGCGCACGACAAUGUAACCGACACCGUUGUCCCAGAGACUCCAGAGUCCAAGCGGCCCGGAGCGAAGGACUCCCCCGGUGUCAUCAGUUUGGACACUGAGGAUUCUGCAUCCGACACGGAGCUGUCUGGGACCUCGAUGAUGAUCAAAGAAAAGGAGCAGACGACAGCAGACAAGAAUGUGGUCGUGCUGUCAGACCAGUCAGAGGAGACUGAAGAUAGUGCAGAUGAGGCUUUCCAGGAGUCUUCUAAAAGCUCUGUGAAAAAGUCUGGUGGUGGAACUUCCGGCUCCAAGAGGGGGCAUCCGGAAGAGGAGGAGGCCGAGGCUUCCCAGCAGAGCAGCGAGCCCCAACCCAGGAGGAGACGUAGAGCCUCAGAGACGGACGACUCUGAGAAUGAAGGUCCGGAGGUGAGCUGGAAGGAGCAGGAGGAGAUGGUCAGGAAACUGCAGAAACACUUCCCUCACCUGGGCAAGGAGGACCUGAGGGAUGUUCUGCAUGAGCAUGACUGGCUCUAUGAGGACACACUGGAGGCUCUCAGGAUGUUCUCUGAAGAAGCGAGCGACAAAAAAGGUUCGUCUAAUGAGCCCUCGAGUGCAGACGAGUCUCCCCAGACCCCACCUCUCCCCACCCGCUCCUCAUCCUCACGCGGACACACGCACACCACACACUCCUCCACACGCUCUAAAGCCCCACCCCCACCCUCGGACACAUCGCAACCCGACAGAACUACGACACCGGAAAACGGUACCAGCACCAGAACCCUCCGCGCUCGGACCACCGUCACCAAGUACCACGACUCAGACUCGGGAAGCGAGUACGAGCAGCCCGUAUCGGACGGCGAGGUUUACAACGUCGAAGGUGACGCAGAUGCUGAUGGUGAUGCUGACGGUGACGGUGACGGUGGUGGUGGUGUUGUGGAUGGCGGUUAUGUUGACGAAUCGGACUCGGACUCUGACGGGGGAGGGGGAACCGAACGCCUGACGGAGCAGAAGAAGCAGGUGCUGAGCUUCUUCCAGGAGGCGUCGCUGGAGGAGCUGUCCCUGAUCGAGGGCUGCUCGGCGAAGAAGGCCCAGAGGAUCACCGAGCUGCGGCCCUUCAAGAGGUGGCGCCACCUGGAGAAGCGCCUGAGUGGUGGUAACGGUCUCUCUACUGAGCUGCUGGCCCGGUGUAAGGAGGUGCUGAGGGAGCGCGAGGUGGUGAAAGGGUUAAUGGACCGCUGUGAGGAGAUCGCCAAGAAGAUGAGCAGGGAUGUCACACAGGUGCUGCAGAGCGGCACGGGGUCUACGGAACAGCCACGCAUACUCACCGACACGUUCAAGCUGAAGCCGUAUCAGCUGGUGGGUCUGCGUUGGCUCAAUCUCCUGCACCAGAACAACCUCAGUGGCAUCCUGGCUGACGAGAUGGGUCUGGGCAAGACCAUUCAGGCCAUCUCCUUCCUGGCCAGCCUCUACCAAGAUGGCAACCGCGGGCCACACCUCCUCAUAGUGCCCGCCUCCACGCUGGAUAAUUGGGUGCGUGAGCUUCAUCUGUGGUGUCCUAGCCUUGAGGUGCUUGUCUACCACGGUACGGCUGAAGAACGGCGCUUCACCAAAUAUGAAAUCCUCAACAACGCCAUCGACUACAACAUCAUAGUCACCACGUACAACCUGGCGAUUGGGAAUGCUAGUGACCGCAGCCUGUUCCGUAAGCUGAAGCUGGAGUAUGCAGUUUUUGACGAGGGCCACAUGCUGAAGAACAUGCACUCACUACGAUACCGCCACCUCAUGGCCAUCAACGCUGCCCAUCGUCUGCUGCUCACUGGGACCCCUCUACAGAACAACCUGCUGGAGCUGAUGUCACUGUUGAACUUCAUCAUGCCUGCCAUGUUCUCCAGCAGCACUGCACAGAUAGCAAGACUAUUCUCAAUGAACUCGUGUGAGGAGCAGAGCAGCUUUGAGAGGGAGCGAAUCGCCCACGCCAAACUCAUCAUGAGGCCGUUUAUAUUGCGCAGAGUCAAGAGCGAGGUCCUGAAGCAGCUGCCAGCUAAAGAAGAGUGUGUGGAGUUCUGUGCCAUGAGCAGCAAACAGCAGCAACUCUACAGCGCCCUCCACGACAAGCUCAAGGGAGUUACAUCUGGAGAGAAGAGGGAGCUGACCAAUGCCAUGAUGCAACUGCGUAAGAUGGCGAACCACCCUCUCCUCCACCGCCAGUAUUACACCGCAGAGAGACUCACCACCAUGAGCAAACUCAUGCUCAACGAGUUGUCUCAUCGUGACUCGGACCCUGCGCUGGUGAAGGAGGACAUGGAGGUGAUGUCGGAUUUCGAGCUCCACCGCCUCUGCCUGCAGUUCUCUGCUAUCAGGGAGUGUAAGCUCUCUACUGACCUCCUGCUGGACUCCGGAAAACUACACUUCCUCACCAAGCUGCUGCUGUCACUCAAAGAGGAGGGUAGUCGUGUGGUGUUGUUUAGCCAGUUCACUAUGAUGCUGGACAUCCUGGAAGUCUUCCUAAAACACAACUCCCAUCGAUACAUACGCCUGGAUGGAUCCACACCCAUGGCCGACAGGAUUGGUCUAAUAGAUGACUUCAACACUGACGCGGACAUCUUUGUGUUCCUGCUGUCCACUAAGGCGGGGGGACUGGGCAUCAACCUCACCUCCGCUAAUGUCGUCAUCCUGCACGACAUCGACUGCAACCCUUACAAUGACAAACAGGCAGAGGACAGAUGCCACCGCCUCGGACAAACAAGGACGGUGAGGGUGAUCAGGCUGAUCUGUAAGGACACUAUAGAGGACGGGAUGCUGCGUAUCGGCCAGAAGAAACUCAAACUGGAGCAGGACAUGACCGCCGCAGAACAAGGUGAUGAGGAGAACAUUUCAGAUGACAUGGCUUCACUCCUGAAGGCCUCACUGGGCCUCUAAUGGGGAUGUUGACAACGAGGUGCUUCACUGUGUGUGUGUGUGUGUGCGUGUGUGUGUGUUUGCGCGUGCGUGUGUGUGAUAGAGAGAGAAGUCUGUUCAGACUCUUUUUUUUUUUCUUGAACAUGUUACAGUGUAUCGAUUCAAAAUAAACAUUGGUGGAUGUUUGA